GCUCAUGGGGCGGACUGAACAUCUCCCCAUCCCUGAGGAGAGCUGUGUCACUGGGUGUCCAAGAGUCUCUGCAUGCUGAUCAACCUUGGUGCGAGAGACAAAACCAGACAUCUUCUAAACAACUUCAGCUUUCCUCUGAGAUGGUAGAUUACUACAAGGUCCUUGAACUGCAAAAAGAUGCCUCACAGGAUGUUAUUAAGAAAUCCUACCACAAACUGGCACUAAAAUGGCAUCCUGACAAGAAUCCCAAAAACAAAGAGGAAGCUGAGAAGAAAUUCAAAGAAAUUGUUGAAGCAUACGAGAUUUUGUCCGACCCUCAGAAGAGAUCACUCUAUGACAAGUCUGUUGAGGAGAGCAGAGCCCGCAGAGAAAGAGCUGCAGCGGAUUUUAACAGCUACUUUGGUUACCAGCAUGGAUUCCCCCAUCAAGAAGAGGCCUUUGGAGGGAUGUAUCCAUUUACGUGUAUUUUCUUGAGCCCUUUUGACAUUAGAAUCAGUGGUGAAACCUGGCAGAGCGCAAUUGGGAGAGGAGGAAGGUCCAGGGAGCCGUUUAUGCAAUGGAGUUCAUUCUGUCCCAGUGGGCACCCCACCUCUGUCUUUGCUGAAAACACAGCUGGGCCAUAUGGUGUCAGAACAGUGAUAACCACUACUGAAGUGAUCAACGGCAAGACCAUCACCACCCGGAAAAUCAUUGAGGAUGGGCAGGAGACAAAAGAAGUGGAAGAAGAUGGCCAGCUGAAGUCUGUAAUAAUCAACGGGAGAGACUACCUGAAUUCAAUGCCUGAAUUUCAUCAAUGA